UCACGACCUCACGGCGUCAAGGCUGCGAAUCACACCGCAUGGAGAAUUUAUCAGCCACCGUGCAGCCUCCGGCAUGGCCGCUAGAAUGAAACCGCCCGCCUCACCGUCCUACCAGGACAUCCACCGGGAUGCAAUAGCCCCCCUCGCCGGCGGUCGGCAAGGCGGCGGUGGGCCGGUGGCGGCGGAGCUCACGCCGAUCUGGGAGACAUUCGAUCUGUUGUGUUCGAUGCCGACCACGUUCUCAGCCACGGCGACCACAGCCAUGGCGGCCGCGAACAGCACCAGGAGUGCCAACACCUCGCCUAUCCCCAUGACGGCAGCAUGUCCGCCGCCGGCCAGCAUCUCGCUCCGCUGGCCACCCACGUGGAUGUGUCUCGCCUCGCUCGGAAUGGCCGCACUCUCCAAGUCUAGGCGAAACUUCACUAGCUGCUAUGUGUUGAGCUCUAUGUCGGCGUACAGGUGCAGAACUCCCAAGCGACUGGUGCUGGUAGUUGAUGGCCCAGCGCUACAACGACGAGACUUGCACAAGCUGGACGAUGCAGAGAAAAUCAGGAAGGAGAUCAAGGAGCAAGAGGGGUUAGAUCAGGAAGUGUGUGACCACCGUACCGUCCACAAAAGUAUUGUGAAGGUACGACUCGGCAAGUGGGCAAUGGCGAUCAGUGUUCUAAGGGAUAUAUGAUGACAACUAGGAAAUUACUCUAAUGGAAGGUAUGAAGUUGAUAACUUACAUUGACGUGGGCAUAACCCUUCGGGUACUCGACAUUGCCAUACCCGGUGCAAACUAUGAAGCUGGACCAGCACAAGGACUCGACAAGCUGGACCCGCAAGGAAUAUCAACUUGGACUACAAGGAAAAAAAACUCCAACACGAAUCCUACUAGGACUCUUGUAAACCCUAGCUUGGCUGAUAUAUAAAGCCAGGCAGGGGCACCCCUUAGGGACACACGAUCAGAAACAUAAUUUUAGAGGCAACACGCUUAGACACCGCAACCCGCGGAUUAGAACUAGACUAGAUCCAACAACUCCGCCUAUGGCGGCCCCCUGUAUACAUAUAUUCAUAUAGUGGAUUGCUAGCAGGACGUAGCGACCCUCCACCGCGGGGGCGUGAACCUGGGUACGUCGUGUACCGCCUCGCUCCCGGAACUUCCGUCGUCGCCUUUCUCUAAAAACCCAAGCCCCUCAUGGUGGGCAUUGCUGAGGAACCGCCUCGUCAAUUGGCGCCGUCUGUGGGAAUCGCGACGACAGGAUUUUGUCAUCUGGGCGGGAUCCAUCGUCGACAACUUUCAUACUGUACCCGAGAAGAAGAUCUACACGAUCAAGUUCAUCAA